GCACACACUCACACACACACACAUAUAUAUAUAUAUAUAUAUGUGUGUGGGCACACCGAUUUGGCCGACGAUCAGUUAGUUUUUGGACUUCCCCGCGAGCAGCCAAACAAUGAAAUACCAGCUGGACAACAUGCAUGUGGAUGAUCUGCCCUACUUGGAGCGCGAUCUGAACAUUGCACAAAAAGUGUCGCUAGCGUUCCUGCUCUUUGGCGAUCAGCACGCCCUGGCCACAUACAUACUGCAGAAGCUGCUAGCGCUGAUGGGAGCUGCGGACCAGCGGCAUAGCGAUCUCUUGCGCCAAUAUGCGGGCACGAAUCCGGCCAAUUGGCGCGGCCAUCUCGUCGAGGCGCUGUGCAUCAUCAAUGCACGCCAGGCACUGCGCAAACUGGGCUUCAGCUGGCAGGAGCUGCGCCUGCACUAUUUGCCGCAGGUGCUGGAGGUGUCGCUGCAUGUGCAUCCGCUGCUGAAGGCCUUGUACAACAUAUGCGAGCAGCUGAACAUUGCGCAAGCCGGACGCCUCGUUCUGGACAUUAACGAACAGCUGGCGCGCCGCCAAAACGGCCAGCAGGCGGACGAUCCGCUGCGUUUCUAUGAUCACGCCUACUUGGAGAUCUUUCUGCUGGACUGGCUGACGCGCCAUCAUCUGCGACUGGGCGACAUCAAUGCCAGGGGCAGCGACAUGCAGCUGCUCAUCGAGUACUUCAAGUUCAACGAUAUGCACUCCCUGGCCACGCUGCUCAUCCAGACGAUCAACAGCUCCCAUCCUGGCGACAACUGCGAAACGGAUGCAUCGCAGCCUAGAGCCACAAACACAGAACCCCCUGCUGUUGCGCCUGCGGCGGCUGCUCUUGCUCCAGUGGACGGCAUCGUGCAACAACGACGCGCCAAUGCUCUGCAAGUGCGGAAGGACAAUGCCGGCAUUUUGCUCAUCAUCAAUCAGCAGAGAUUUCAUCGCAAUGUCAGCGAGGAGCUGCGCUCGCUGCUGCCCGCCGUGAAGCUGAGCGCACGCGAGGGCACCGACGUGGACAAACAGCGGCUCAGCGAAGUCUUCUCGGAGCUGGGCUACAGCGUGGAGGCGCACGACAACGUGGACCAUUUGGAGCUGCUCACCCUUAUGCGCAAAGCCUGCGCCCGAUCGAUACUGCGCGAUUCAUUGAUUGUGUGCAUCUUGUCGCAUGGGUUCGAGGGCGCCGUCUAUGGCGCCGACAGCAUUCCAUUGAGCAUCACGGACAUACAGAACGUGCUCUGCGCCAACGAGGAGCUGCACGACAAGCCCAAGCUGCUCAUCAUUCAGGCCUGCCAGCAGAACGAGAAACAGCUGCAAACGCGAGAUGUGAAUGCCACCACGCAGUCGCCCAGCCAGCAUGCCAACAUGGUGGUGGCCAUGUCCACGGUGCCGCGCUUCGUUGCGCUGCGUCAUAGCGUCCAGGGCAGCUGGUUUAUCCAGACGUUAUGCGAUACGGUUAAACGGCAUGCGGCCAGCGAACAUGUGCUGGACAUUCUGACCAUUGCCAUUGGGCAGGUGACCGAGAAGCGCGGCGAUAAGGAUCAAAAAAUGGUGCCUCUUGUUACGAGCACGCUGCGACAGAAUGUUUAUUUUCCGGCCAUUUGAUCGGCAAUUAGUACUUAGCUAGUUGUAUUAUUAUUCUCUGCCCUAUUACGUUAUGUUUUAGUCAAAAUUUUGCUCUGCAAUUGAGCUGAAUGUUAACAAUAUUUGGUGCAAUAUUGAAAACAAACUUUAGUCAAUAUAAAUUAAUUUCCAUUGUCUCAAAACUCAUGUAAAUUUGACAAGUAGUUACGCUUUUUGUCAACCAGCCAAGUGCUUGUCAACUUCGACAGAUGAUUACCAUAUAAGUUUGUUAUUAGACUCAUGUUAACUUGACAGCUUUACGUGAUCAGAUCAAGUGUCUGUUAACUUUGACAGACGGUUGCAAUAUAAACUUAACCUAAGAUUCAUGUUAACUUGACAAGUUGUUGAUAUUCUCAUCAGAUCAAUGAUUACUACAAAGUUUGUCGUUAGACUAAUGUUAACUUGAUAAAUAGUAAAGCUUUUCGACAUCAUGUCAAGUGCCUGUCAACUUUGACAGACGGCUUUGUCGUUACACUCAUGUUAGCUUGACAAGUGGAUAAAGUUUUCGUCGUCAGAUCGAGUGUUUUUCAAUAUGACCCUCACAUUUCAUGGCGAGCCGUGUGAAGAGCUGGACAAUAUGCAGCUAUCUCAGUUUAAUUCGCUGCGGAUGAAAAAAGGCGUUGGAGCUAUGGUCAGAAAGUUGGGGUAUCCAUUGGAGAAUGUUUCCCAUAGGCUUCACAGAUUCUUAAACACUUUAACUAAUUUAACAAAUAGAAGAAAUUAUCUUUAAGUUAUUUUGUCAAUGUGUUUUUUUUAUUGUUUUUUUGUUUUUAUCACUUGGCUUACUGCGACACGCAGUAGACCAACUUUGAACACUUAACCGCGUGAGCCCCUUCUGCGGCUACUUAAAACCCGCCCAAAUUAUGUAAUACAAAUAAAAAUAAUGUACAAUGUAAGAAAUGUGUUCCGGUUA